GAAGUCAUUGACGAGAUCUUCAAAGGGAACUUCAAUCCGGAUGCUCCCCGCAGCGCCUAUUUCACCAGGAGGGAUCCGGUGCUUGAGCCAGAGAGCGGAGGUUCUUCAGCAGAUUCCUCGUGUUGCGAGGAGCCACCCAUGAAGGUGAAGAGGUUCCGACCGAAGGUGCCGCGGGACGAGACAUGGUAUGCCCACAGGAAAUCUCAUAUCCUCCACCUCUUCACUGAGAAUGCAGAUGGCUUCACCUAUCGUUACGGCGCCGGAGACGACCGCACGAAAGAUCCCACAAGCAGAGAGAGAGAGUCGCGCAUGAACUUGUUGCAGCAGCGCUUGGCAGGAGUCUUGAUCAGCGGUCAGAUGGAGCCCGGGCACACAUUGUUGGACUCCGUGAUGAGUAUGGUUGAUAAGAAUCAAUUGAAGUACUUGCCUCCUGAGCGUUGUGUGUCAAGGGUUCAUGAACUCACGAACUUGAAGGCCCCUGACCGUAUGCUUGACAUCGAGGCGAACAAGAUCAUCAUCAAAGACAAGGACGAGAAGAUUGAGGCGCCGGCUCACACUUCUUUGCAGGUCUUAGAGGCCUUGAAGCGUAGGGGCAUCGCUUUGGAGUUUGGUGAUUGCAUGGGAUUUUUGGAGCAUGACAAAUAUGUGCAACACUCUUUGCUCAUCUGCACCGAGAGCCGCCUCCUGGUUACCAACG